UCCAACUUCCAACUUGACCACUUUUCAAACACUUUUGCACGCGAUGAGUGCUCAAGAGGUGACUCUUGUCUGUGAGAAUUUGCUAACCUUUCAAUGUCUGGACAAUCAGUUGGAGUCCGCUAAGGAUUAUGCACUCUGGCUGGCCUCCAACAUGGAGAUAUCAUGGCGAGGCAGGUUGAUCGAAGGCCUGCUCGAGUUCCUAAGGGAACCGAGUCCACAACACACGCCUCGGCAGUGUGUGAAGGCGUUGCGAGUGCUGCACGAGAUGACGACACACUGCACCAAGGUGGAUGUGAAGCGUCUGGUUCUGACCACCGAGUUGUUGUCGUUGUUGCGUCAGAUUCUUAACAUGUCCCGACUGCGAGGCACCAUCAAAUGCUGUUGUCUGGCGUUGCUGAGCAACAUCCUCGUCUGUGGCUGGCGGAUGAGAGAUGCCGUUGUGGAGUCGGGUCUGUUAACCGAGUUGUUGCGUCUCUUGAACCACGAACACCAGGGACAAGUGAUGUGGCUGCUCUAUCAGGUGUUGAGAUACAAGGUACCAGGUCCAUCUUUGUAUGCCAUCAAGAAGAUUGCUCAAGCGUUGCCCGCUUUGCUGCAUCACUCACAGGAUGUGGAGUUGCUGGUGCCGGCAUUGCAGUUAUCUCGACUCAUCUCCGAGUAUCACUCGGCGAUGGUACCUGCCAUGCUCAAGUCGAGGCUGCUGAGUCGUGUGGUUCGCUUUGUUCUUAGUCCAGUGGAGGAGGUGCAGCGGCAGGCAAUCUUUGUACUGUCAAAUGUCUGCUUGGAAUAUCGACGUCGUGAGUCACUCUUCAAAUUCCCCAAGAGCAUUCUUUUGCAUAUCCACGGUCUGGUCUUGGGCGGACGACUGGAGAUACGGAUCUUGGUGCUACAGCUGCUGAGCGGAAUCAUCGACAACAGAUGCAUUAAGCUGGAGCACUUUGUGGAGUUGGGUUUGUUGAAGAAGAUUGUCUUCUGCGCCAGCAAACAGGAGCCCAAUCAGCGAGUGCGCCUGACCGCCGGCUGGACCCUUGUCAGCUUGGCUUUGCAUCUUUGUCGUUGCUACCUGGAAUACUUUAUCGAUUGUGGUGCUCUUCAUGCCAUUUGUGAUCUUCUGCGUCUGGAAUUGCCGGUCCAAUUGCUGCGCAACAUUCUCGUGGUGCUGUUCCUUCUCAGCGAGAAGCAUUGCCACAGCAAACAGUGUCUGCUGCAUGUCAUGUGGCAGUGCAACAUUUGGCCCACGGUUAAGUCCCUGCAACACAAUAGCAAUGCUGCCGUUCGUACAUUAAGCACUCUUCUGACUUCUCGUCACUCCAUGGAAUUGAUAUUUCCCGAGGGACUCGUCUUUGUAAGAAUGUAAAUGAAAUAAUAUUAUUUCGUCAAAUUUCUCAUUUGUAAUCGACUCUUAUCUUUUAAUUUUGGAAGAAGGAAUUCAUAAUAUUGUCUGUCCAUCUGUCUGACACUGUAAUUAAAGGCAAAAAUGUUAAUUCGCUCUUCCCAUGUGUGUUUUUCAUAUCUUAAAUAAAACGGUGCUGAUUUUAAGUCAAAGCGUUUCACAAA